AUGAAAGCUAAGAGCAAUGGAAGUCUUGACUUCCUAUCUGUCUUCCUGACUGGCAUUCCAGGAUUGGAGGCCCAACAUGGCUGGCUGUCCAUCCCCUUCUUCACCAUGUACCUUGUAGCUAUUGUGGGCAACAGCCUAAUCAUGGCAGCGGUGCAAGUGGAUCCCGCCUUACACGAGCCCAUGUACCUGUUUCUCUCCAUGUUGGCUGCAACUGAGGUGGGUGUCUCUGUGUCCACACUGCCUACUGCCAUGGGCAUUCUUUGGUUUGAUGCCCGCCGGGUUGACUUUGAUGGCUGCCUUGCCCAGAUGUUCUUCAUCCACACCUUCUCCUGCAUGGAGUCAGGGGUCCUGCUGGCUAUGAGUUAUGAUCGCUUUGUAGCCAUCUACAAUCCACUGCGCUACACAGCCAUCCUCACCCUGCCCCGUAUUGUCUGCAUUGGUCUGGUCAUUACCCUGAAGAGUCUUCUGCAUGGUUUCACACUGCCUUUCCUUCUGAAGAGGUUGCCCUUCUGCAAGGCCAAUGUACUGUCCCAUGCCUACUGCCUUCAUCCAGAUCUCAUCCACCUUCCUUGUGGUGACAUCACCAUCAACAGUAUUUUCGGUCUCAUCAUUGUCAUGUUUACCUUUGGUCUGGACUCUGCACUCAUUCUCUUCUCAUAUGUGCUCAUCCUGCGCUCUGUACUUACCACUGCAUCUCGGGAGGAACGAUUAAACACACUCAACACGUGUGGGUCACAUCUGUGUGCUGUGCUCAUCUUCUAUGUGCCCAAGAUUGCUGUGUGCAUGACUGCCCGUUUUGGUAAGCACGUCCCCCGAUUGGUGUACACAGUCAUGUCCCUCAUUUUUCUCUUUGUGCCUCCCGUGCUGAAUCCUGUCAUCUAUUCAAUCAAAACAAAACAGAUUAGAUGGAGGCUUGGGAGAAUGCUAGUGCGAACCAAGAUUUAA